AUGAACAAAACUAAUUUUGUUAGAAAAAUUUCAUUUGAUACCUCAACUUCAAUAGGACCAAAGACAAAUUCGUAUUAUGAGACCAAUGUUGCAAUACAUAAUUGUAUAAAAAAUAACUUGCUACCAGGAAAUUUUGCAGAUUUUGUUGCUAAAAACCCCCAAUUUUUAAUUCCUCCCUCAUAUAAUAAACCUUUGUUCAAUACAAAAUUUAAUCAUAAUUUGUAUUGCAAAAAUGUUGAAAAUUCUAAAAACAUACUAAUUGGGUUUGAUUUAAUCAAAUUACAAAACUAUGAAAUAUCCUUGAAAUGUUUAAAUAUGAUCUUCAACAACUUUGUUGAUGACUACGAUAACGUUUUUAUUACAAUUAUUAUAAACAAAUUCACUUUAGAUAAAUAUGGUUUAAUCAAUUUCGAUGAAAUAAACUAUUGGAAGGAAAAAUUGAAUAAAGAGUUUAUAAAUCAAUUGUUGAUCAAUAACAUUUUCAAAAACCAGCCAGCAAAAGACAAAAAAAUUUCUGUGUCUAUUGAUUUAAUAUUUGACAAAAAUGUUAAAAGGGCUUUAGAAAACAAUUUAAUGGAUUACAACCCCGAUAUAUUAGUUUUAGGAAUAAAUGACAAAAACUUUUCAAGUUUGAAUUCAAUUACAUCAAAGCUUUUCAUGAAAGUGUCAAAACACUCAGCAUCUACAUCGACAUAUUUCUUGAGAUCAUCUAAGAUUCCAGUAAUUGUUGUCAAUUCCAAUUUCAACUUGAAGAAUUCUAUAAUACCAAAUAAAAAGGUGAAAUUUAUUAAUAAUGGACAAAAAUUAGAUCUCGAGUUCAAUGGAAAAUUGGUUUCAAUCCCAUCCAACUGCACAUUCGGUCCUAGCAACAUUGGACCCAGUUGCAAACAACAAAAUUUCACUGCUAAGCACCCAAUAAUAUCACCUUUGGGAACGUUUGUCUCAUAG